AUGAUGGAGAGAUGGCGACAGGCAGCUCUGCUGUCUUUGUUCAUCAUAUGUCUAUUAAACACGGACUCCACAUGGGCUAGAAGAGGAGGCGGCAGCAGCAGCAGUAGCGGCGGCCGGAGGACUUCAAGCUCUUGGGGUAGCCGCGGCUCCCAAUCCAAACCGUCCAGCUCAAAUCCAGGAAGCACUUCCAGUCGGAACUCCAAUCCAUACCCCUCGGGUGGAAAUUACCCUGGAACAGGAAAUAGAAACCCGUCAAGUUACCCAGGGGGUGGGAGUUACCCCAACCACAGUCCUGGGCGAACCAAUCCCGGUGGAUAUCCAGCCGGUGGUAGUUAUCCAAACCAGAACCCCGCAGGACGUAAUCCGGCCGCUGGUGGGUACCCAGCCGGUGGUAGUUAUCCAAACCAGAACCCCGCAGGACGUAAUCCGGCCGCUGGUGGGUACCCAGCCGGUGGUAGUUAUCCAAACCAGAACCCCGCAGGACGUAAUCCGGCCGCUGGUGGGUACCCAGCCGGUGGUAGUUAUCCAAACCAGAACCCCGCAGGCCGUAAUCCGGCCGCUGGUGGGUACCCCAACCAGAACCCUGCUGGUGGUUAUCCAAACCAGAAUCCUGCAGGUGGCUACCCAGCCGCAGGUGGAUACCCCAAUCAAAACCCUGGAAGGGGCAAUUAUCCAGCAGGAGGCGGUUAUCCCAACCAGAAUCCAGGUAGAGGAUACCCUAACCAGUACCCAGGGGCUGGAGGUUACCCUAACCAGAAUCCUGGAAGGAAUUAUCCAAAUCAGUACCCGGCUGCUGGAGGAGGGGGCUACCCGAACAGGGGUGGCUACCCAGCUGGAGGGAGCUACCCAGGUGGGGGAAGUUACCCUGCCGGAGGAGGCUAUCCUAACAGGGGCGGCUACCCUAACCAGUAUCCGGCCGCAGGUGGUUACCCAGGGCGGGGCGGAUCAUUCGGCUACCCCCAAGGAAACCCGAAUAAUAAGAUCAUGAGUCCCCACAUUGGCGGAGGCGCUUAUGGAUACGGCGGGUACGGAAUGGGAGGGUCCCCAUUCUCCCGUUCUGUGCAGAGUAUGGGUUACAAACCAAAAUCUUCAGGGUUCGCCAAGAAGGCCAUCGUGGCGGCCGGCGUGGGCGCCGUGGCCGGGAUGGCGGUGGGAUACGGACUGGGACGCUUCCCCCGACCGCACUUCUCUUUCCACAACCCUCAGGAAGAGUACUACUACAACAACUACAUGUACCGUCGCUACGGCUCGCGCUCCACCGACGAAAAGGACUUCGGUCGCGACUACGUCUACAAGCCCCCGCCGAGAGCCGAGACCUACGACGCCUUCAUGGCCAAAUGUAUGAAUAGAACGGAUCUUCUCAAGGAGCAGAAGAACAACUCCUCUGGGGGCAUCCAGGAGGUAGAAGACGACACGGUUAGCAUCGAGGAGAUUGGUUACCCGUCCCUGAUAGAGCAGGUGAAGGCGCGUCGCUGCGUGGAAAACUACAUGGUCUACUCCGAGCGCUUCCUGGAGGAGCGCAAGGCCGAGCCUCAGGUCCAGCCGGGUCGCAGUGGCCCGCCGAGCUACGGGGUGGCGCAGCUUGGCACCUCGCUCAUCAUAAUGCUGUCUAGCAUGCUCCUGCUUCAGUAA